AUGGAAGCUAUCGAGGAUGAGGAACCGAUAUAUGAUCUCGCUGUUGAAUGUGAAAGGCUGUUCGUACAACAGAUUACCAGGCUAAAAGAUGAAGACCAGCCCAAUGGCGCCAAGAUUCUCUCAGAGCUGAGCCAGCGAUUCGCCGCCUGGACAGCCUUUUUGGGUGUCUUUGCUGAAUCGAAUAUGUGCUUGGAUCGUAGGCUUCGACGCCACGUCGAGAUUCAAGAUCAAGUGCUCCUUCUGCUUGACAUCGUGCUGAGAAGCCUGAUACACUGUGUUUCCUCCUGCGUCCGCAGCAAAACAAUAAUUUUUGAUCGAGAUGACUCCUCUGAUCGCAUUGACAUUGGGUUGUCCGAUGCGUGCCAGCCAUCACUGCAACCCCUUUGCAUUAGCAUUUACAACCUGGAGGCAAUUUCGGGGGCCAUUGAACGCCUCAAUCAUCUGGGAAUCUCCAUCCGACAAUCGUCAGUGACAAACCAGGCAAUAAAGGCUAGAAAGUUCGCGGAGAAAUUUGAUUUGGCAUCUUUUGAGGGAGUAGCGUACCUGUCCAUGAAGACGCUUUAUCCCGACGCAAGCGUAGAGCUCCUUGAACAGCUCACCCAAUCCAUGACAGAAACCUACACUCGGUUCCUUCAUCGCAAAGAUCGCCAGGAGCAGCUUCAGGUCCCCCGGUCACGUCCCCGAACAGCAAUACCACUAUCUACUAUCGCAGAGGAGCCUGACGGAGAUGGUGACGUGGAAAGCCCCAUGGAUAACCAGAUAAAAGUACGCCAGGGAGGCGAAAACUUUACUACAAGGAUGCUUCAACGUCGUUCAGCCCAUACGUUACUCAUAUCUGAGCCAACGACCGUGAACAGUCAGGAAGUCAGAAAAAGGUUCCAGAAAACUUUGAGCCCCACAGUAAAUGACAAGACAAUGUCUAUAUUGGUUAAUCAAGUGGACUACCCCCAACCCGCCAAAGGAAGCUCGACCUGCGAGUGGUGCUUUAGCCCCCUCCCAACUGACUCAUUUGAGGGGGCCAAGUGGCGGCGGCAUGUGAAUGAAGAUCAUGAGCCCUACGUUUGUAUCUCGGAAAAUUGCUCUAAAUCGUUGAGGAGAUUUGCGACCUCGACGCAGUGGCUGGAGCACAUGGUUACCGCUCAUGGUAAAUUGUGGCAUCGUGAAGUUAAUGUGCCGCCAUCAUGGGCCUGCCCACUGUGUAGCGAUGAAGACUCUACUUUUUCCAGGCCGAACGACCUUACUGGGCACCUUGAAAAUCUCCAUGCAGGAACUUUCACAGUGACUCAGGUACAGGCAAUCGUGCGACAGAGUCGGUUUCGGUCCUCUCGUGCGCAAGAUAUAUGCCCUCUCUGUUGUCUACCAGUGAGGGGCCAACUAGAUUCUCUAUCUAAGGAGAGGGGCAAUGACAAUGGAUACCCAUCUUCCGAGCAGCCGCGUAAUGAAGCAAGUCGGGAAAAUAAAAACAAGCGCAUCAAGACAGAGACUGGCCGCACACACUUGGAUCACAACCAUGAAAGCAAUCUGAAAACGAAAAACAAGCAUCGUGAACCAAAGAUCACUUAUGGCCCAUCCUCGAGCAACCCCGCCAGCUUGGAAUUGAUUGCAAGCCAUGUGGCUGCGCAUCUUCAGGGAAUAAUGCUUCUCACGCUGCGUUUGAUAUCCAUGGAUGUAGAGAUGGAUGUUUCGGCCGAUCACCAAAGUACAUCCGGCAGCACCGACGAUCAGUCGUCGUUGAUCAGCUCGAGCGAGAGAUCUCUAUAUCAGGAUAUGGAUAGUAUAGAGGACUUCUCAUUACACAGAGAAGGCGCAUUUGACCCCGAGAAUGAUCUUCCUUCAGAACAAAUCGUCCCUGAUUGUGAGCAUAUCGAUUGGCAUGUUGUUCCUCGCCGUUAUGAGGCCCCACCAGAGCCUGAGGAUCUAGAAGAAUUUCUCUCCAACUACCCUACAGGAAAACCUAGUCACAAAGAUUACUUGGGUCAGGAUUUAGAGGAAUUCAUCUCCAAUCCCCCUAUGGGAGCGUCCCCUGACCAAGAUUACCUGGGAUGGGAUCUAGAAAACUUCAUCUCGAAUCCCCCUACAGAAGGACUUCAGGACAAAGGUAACUUAGGGCAGGACCUUGAAAAAUUCAUCUCCAAUGCCCCUGGGUGA